AUGGUUGUACACUCCUGCCCUUAUUGCCUUAUUUAUAUUGGUAAGCAAUUAGAAGACGGACGUACCUUGUCAGAUUAUCGUAUCCACAAAGAGUACACACUUCAUCUUGUACUUAGACUACGUGGAGGAAUGUUUGUAGAAACCAGUGGCCGCAAAGAAUUUGAUGCAUUGCCAGCACUCACGCACUAUAUGUUAACACCUGAAGAACGUCUACAAAAUGGAAUCCAUGCCGGGAUUACUUGUAAUUAUUGUGGUAAAAGUGAAUGGAAAGGGACGAGGUUAAUAUAA